AUGAAGGAUGUUCUUUAUGCAUUUGUUGUUGAGAGCUUGAUGUACGCUCAAACAUGCACAACGUUUGACAUUAGCCUUGCAGUUGGAAUGCUUGAUAGAUAUCAAGGUAAUCCUGGAAGGAUUCACUGGAAGGCUGCAAAGAAAGUUCUAAGAUACUUGCAAGGAAUGAAAGAUUACAAACUUGUGUAUCGAAGGUCUGAUCAUCUUGAGGUGGUUGGAUAUUCAAAUUCUGAUUUUGUUGGAUGUGUAAAUACAAGAAAGUCCACAUUUGGCUAUGUAUACUUGCUAGUCGGAGGAGCAAUUUCAUGGAAGAGUGUGAAGCAGUCAAUAAUUGUUGUAUCCACUAUGGAAGCUCAAUUUGUAGCUUGCUUUGAGGCUACAGUUUUGGCUAAUUGGUUGUAG